UAAAGUAGCAGGACUGUUUAGAUAUGAUAUUUAUGUUGGCAGCCGCAAAAGUUGAUAGUGAUUCUCGCAGCCGUGAAAAUGUAUAGUGGUACGUCAAUAAGCAAUUAAAAAUGCCCACAAAACAAACAACAAUCACUGGAUAAAACACACAAUUUGAUUUACAACUACGGGGCAAUCGUGUCUACGGGAAAGAUAAAGGUGGACACCUAAGCUGAUUCGUAAAGGGUACAAAUUUCUAUUAAAUAAUCUACAAAUAGUUAGAACAAGUGUGACCCCGAUGGAUUCGUACGAAUAGGUAGUUAGGUCAACAUAACCGGAAUAGCAAAUGACGCUUGUACGACACAAAAAAAAUUGGUCAGAAAUUUACGCUCUGUCACCCCGUCCGCAAUUCUCAGAAGGUUUCGCCUUCUGAGGUCUGGUGAGUUAUCGUAAAUUAUCGGUAGAAUUAAACUCCACAAGUAACAAGUACGAGGAGAUGCCGCGGUCACGAGUCAUGAUGUAAUGGUGGAUUCGUAGCGUUGUGGAUUUCAUUUUAUGUAAGCGUGUCUAUGAUCUGCAACUUACGAUACAUAUAUGUACGAAGGGAAAAAUGCUUAAAUGUAAUUAUAGCAAUUAUAUAUAUUAUAUAAAAAUGUCAACUAUUUACAGGGAAAUUUAUGAUAAGUGAAGAACAAUUUAUUAAAAUGUUUUUUUAUUUGUUAGAUUUGAAUUAUUUAGUUUCGGUUUGAAAAAAUUGCUUGCCUUUAGUGUGUCCAUUGAUAUAUCUACCAGGUAUAUCUUAAGCUAAUUAGAGGUUCAUGAGAGAGAGCAAUGAUUUCAUUCAGGUACUGUCGAAUCCUUUACGAAUUAAACGCUAUUUACUAAUACGAGCAGGUCGAAAAGGUACAAAGUAGAGAUACCGAAUACGAAAUACCAAAAUUCAUUUAGAGAACGCUCGAAUCAAGUAGACUAGUGGUAACUGCUUGAUUUCGAAACUCUGCUAGCGAGCAUCAUCCGACCACAAUUCGAAUUUAUCCGCGAAUUCUACCAUUUUCGCGCGGUUGGCCACUUGUAGGCACUUGGUGCAGGCUUCGGUAACAGGCUAAUCCAUAGCCGCUAACCGCAAAUGCCUCGCCACGUUUCCACGCUUCAUCAUAUUAGUUAGGGCAUCAGAGACUGUUAUUCAGUUGAUCUCUGUUGGCUCUGUAAUCAGGACUUUCGAAAACCAUGGAAUUGUUGACCAUUGCCAAGGGUCUACUCAGCUUUAAACCGGAUAAGGUUCUUAUCGACAACAUAGUGUUUCGUCUACAUUAUCGUUUUACUUCGCUUCUGCUUCUUGGGUGCUCGAUUCUCGUUACGUCAUAUCAAUUUUUUGGUGAUCCCAUCGACUGCAUCACCCGCAACAGUGUACGGCCUGAGCUCCUUGACCGGUACUGCUGGGUCCAGAAGACGUUCAGUAUCCCAUCCCAAUGGCAUGGUCAGGUUGGGUCGCAGGUUGUCUUUCCAGGGGUCAGCCAUUCAAGGAACGACGACGUUGUGUACCAUGCGUACUAUCAGUGGGUGUGCUUUGUCCUGCUCUUCCAGGCUGUUCUAUUCUACACCCCACAUUACAUGUGGAAAACCACUGAGGGUGGUCGACUGAAAAAUAUUGUUCGCGAAAUUCGAGGAUCAUUCUCAGAACAGAAAAAAAUGACGAAAGUGCUCUAUCCCGUUGUUUACUGCAUGCAAAAUGGAAUAAAUCUUCGAUAUGGACUAGGGUAUGUGCUCUGUGAAAUGCUCAACUUGGUUAAUGUCGUUGGCCAAACUUAUCUGAUGGAUCGCUUCCUUGGCGGCGAGUUCUUCAAAUAUGGGCUACAAGUGAUAUCGUUUACUGAGUGGUCGCAGGAAAUUCGCUAUGAUCCCAUGAUUAAGCUGUUUCCCCGAGUAACGAAAUGCACCUUCCGGACGUUUGGAUCCUCCGGCGACGUUGAGAUCACGGACCAUAUGUGUUUACUCUCUGUGAACAUCAUUAAUGAGAAGGUGUAUCUGCUACUGUGGUUUUGGUUUUUCGGAUUGACGCUAAUCACCCUGCUUAGCGUACUAUACCGUGUCGCUGUGCUCCUCAAUUUGCACGACAUUCGCUACAAAUCAUUAAGCCGUCCGGGAUUCGCCGGUAAUAAGCGAAUCCAUGAGCUUUGUCGGAAUAUGUCAGUCGGUGACUUUCUAUUUCUCAGCCUAGUUAUGGAGAACGUGGACCGACUCUCAUACAACCAAUUUAUAACGAACCUGGCUAAACUUUACGAGGACCACGGUAUCCCUUCGUCGAGGGAUAAGGAAACCAACGACCGGGAGAAUCACUGCAAGAUCAAUUUCAGCAACCAGCAGCAACAUGACUACAAAAACCAAUCUUUUAGAUCAACUGACAUGUAAAUGAACGCUAAACACAAACGGUAAACGAUGCCAAGAACAAACGAGCGCCAUGCUUCGAUCGCAUACCUAUAUAUAUAUAUAUAUAUAUAUAUAUAUAGUUGAAGACACACUGCGUCGUAUUGAUCGCCUCUUCAUCUGAAGACCCGAUCCAGAGUAUAACGCAUUGUCAAAGCGAUUUGCUGGCUUCUUUUGGCACAGGACGCCGCAUUGUAAUCGCUAAAUGAAUAUCUUCAUUUUUCAAACAACUGAUUUUGUAGCCGUGAAUUUUCAAAAAAUUUGCCCAUAUGUCACUUUUGUGCUCACUUCGCCGAUUCAAAAAAGUCAUGCCCAGCCAUAUUCGUCAUGAUGCAUUAAAUUCACGCUAUAAUAAAUCUAUGUUCGAUUUGAGAGUUUUACUUUAAUCGAAUUUUGAUUCUUUGAACGGGUAGCUAACUCAUCAAUCUUCUACUAGGAAUGCGUUCAGAAACAAGAAGAUGCCUUCAGAAAAUCCUGACUGCUUCUUGAUCUUCGUUAGAAAGCAUUUUAGACACUAGACAUUAGCGAAAUAUCUAAUAUAAAUGUAUAAUUCAAUAUUUGACUAGAAAAGUAAUUACGAAGCAAUGGGAGUAAUGCUCGCUCCUAUUUUAACUCCCAAAUGAGAAAACUUUAGAAAGUCCAUAAUCAAUUUUUGGAAUUAUUGAUCCGUUAGUCCGGCUGCUGACUAACUCCAGCCGUCAGUAACAAGCUGGUGACAAUGUUUGCUCUAUAUAUUUAUAGCAAAAAUGUGUCCGGACGCAG